AUGCCACAGAGAAUUCGCCAUUACUUUGACUUCCGAGACACUAUAUCAUUUAGUGAUGGACUUAUGCUCAAAGGGGAAGCUGUGAUUAUCCCUAAAUCUUUGAGAAAUGAAAUGAAGGCCAGACUUCACAAGGCUCACUUUGGAUCUGAUAGCAUGCUGGGGAGGGCAAGAGGAACAAUAUUUUGGCCUGGAAUGAAAUCAGAUAUCAAGCAGUUGGCCGAUUGUUGUUCAAUAUGUCAAGAAAGUAAACCAAAGAACCAAAAUAUUCCAUUGAUGCAGCAUGCAGAAGGAUCUACUCCAUGGCAGAAAAUAGGACUUGACCUGUUUGAGCUGAAUGGAAAGCAUUAUUUGAUUGCAGUUGACUAUUUCUCAAGUUUCAUCGAAAUUGAUUUGCUUACAUCUUGA